GAAGCCAUUCAGUCUGCAUUCAACAGCCAACCAUUCAUCAUUGUCCACUCACAUUCCAUCUUAGUUAAGGCUCUCAAUAUCUUCUAGUUCCCAAACCAACUUUCAAGCAAUUCAAAAAAAUUCCGCCUUUACUUGGGAGGAAUUUUUUCUCAAAAGAAAAUUGUCGUGAAAGGCUUCAAUUAAAUUGAACCUUGAAAAAUUAUCUGGAAGAACUCGCCUUAUGUCGAAUGGCAUAUUUAAUGCCUCUUCCGUCACUCUGAGAGUGUUCAACGCCUGGAUUGGGGCAAAGACCAUGGAGACACUUGAACAGAACCAACAUGAUUAUAGCAUGCCUCAUGGUCUCUUUAGUGUUUUCUAUCCGCGGACAAAUGGUCAACCCUAAUGCUAUUUCACCUCAAACAACUAAUAUCCCAAUGUUUGGUUCCCAAAGGCUUGUAUAACCUUGAAAUAAGAAGACAGGAGCGAAGGGACCUGGCUGGACUUUUAUCCCGGGAGAAAUACUUAGGACUAAUUGACUUUAUUGCGCGACUGACAAUAAAUCUAAAACCAAAAAGUGUGGUUGAAAAGAGUGCAAUUGGUACAAACUCUUCAAAACAGGACAAAAUGUAACGACAAAUGGAUUGUGAUCUGAAAGAAGGUCAUGUUUAGUCCUGGCUUGAGAGCUUAUUUGGACGCUAAAACUCACUCGAAAGGACAAAUAACCAAUCUAAAGCUCAAUUAAGUAACGAUUUGUUGUAUUAGGCUUAUUCCCCUCCACUUGCUUGGACUGGUGUUUGUUUUGAGUAACUUUCUCACAAGUAUUUUGAAUGAGACUCAGUGUCGAGGAUAUUUUGAAUCUCAUCCACAUAUUCGUUAAAGCACGCAACAUUGACGACGACAGUCGAUAUCAGUUGCCAUCAUGAUAAAUAAGCUUACUUUGGAAGUGGUUAGAAUUUCGGUUCUUACAUUUUUAUCGGAUCUUGCAUAUUCUAGGUCAGAUUCAUUCCUUAUGGAGAGUUAUGCCGUCGAAUGUGAUGUGACCUGGUCAACAAUACAAAAUCCAACUAGUGGAUUGCCACUUUCAACUAUCUCACCUUUGUGUUUAGCGCCUCAAAACUCUGCUGAAUGUAUUGGCGUCAAAUGCAACUCAUCCACCUCAAAUUGUGAAUUGCUCAAAAGGCCUCCCAAUACGUUCGUAAAUUGCAUCAAAAGCCCUGUCAGACUGGAAAAACAAAUGUCUUUGAAUGCCCAAGUGGUGAAAAGGCAACCAGAACUCGCGUUCUUAGACUUGGAAAAUGGUGAAAUCGAGUCCUUAUCUGUGAGCGGGAUUCCUCCCAUUUCAAUCAGUCCCAUUCAUGGAACCCCUCUACAAGUUCAGUUAGGAAUGGGUAUUUUGCAUUGUACUGAAAAUGCAACGGAUUGUCAUUAUUGGAGUUCAGAUAGCAACACAUGGAGUAUAUUUCCCUCUUUCAACAAAGUUCAUCUCUUCGGAGCAAUGGCUGUGCUUAGAGGCAAGCCCAUCGUGAUUGGAGGACACCCCACCCCAGAAAAACAAAACCACGGGAUUGUCGAGAUAUUUGACAAGGUCUCUCAGCAAUGGAUACUGGGACCAACUUUGGAGCCAGCUCGACAUGCCAUUGGGUUGGUGGUGCUCAAUGAGACAUCGUUACUAGUAGUUGGCGGAUAUAACCGAAGCAUGAUGGUGGAGGUGCAGAUGCUAAAUAUUGAAAAUGAUCAAUGGACAAGAAUGGAUGAUCUUCCUGAAGCCACCUAUGGGUCCGUUUGUGGUUUGAUCAAUGUGGCUAAAGUCAUAUGCAUUGGCGGAAGAGAUCCUGUAGGACCCUCAAAGUUGGCUUACGGUCUGGAUAUGUCCCUUUCUGAGCCUAAAUGGAUAAGGGAGCCAUCUUUCGAUUUCGAAGACUCAGCUGUGUAUGGAUUCUUUUACUCUUUGAGAGACCAACUCUUUUCAAUGACUCUUGCCCAAACCAUCAGUUGGAAUAAGGUCAAGAUAUUAAGACGUAUGAAUAUGACCAAGCCAAAUCCUGUCUGGGAGGACAUCAAAGUCUAUCCAAGCACAUCACUCUCCUGGUCCGCAGCCUAUUUUGUUGAUGGCUAUCAAUUUCAAUUUUGAACACAACGAGAAAUUAAAAAAGCAAAAGCAAGUGUCUUUUCUUUGAAGGGAAUGGUCACCACAGGCCCAGUGUUUUCAAUGACCAUUCCUUUCCAAGAAAGACCAUUUUUGUACAACAUCAAUGAGAUGAAUUAUUGGCCAAAGAGAGAUCAAUUCUGCUUUGUUUUGGCAGGGCUAAUCGCUGGUUUUCUUGUACUCAACUGCCUCAUGCAGACUUCCUUUGUAUAGUCUCUCAGGUGUGUUCCGACAAUGCUAACUUGCUCUAUUGGGAGUCGAGCGGGUUAAAAAAUAUUUCUACCAGCUCCUAGGAGCCCAUCAAAGUAACAUACAGUAUUAAUGUCCACUUCAUACGGGUUCCUGCUUAGUACGCACGUAGAAUGGCUUCACGUCUAAAUAUGAACAAAUGAAUUAGAAACGCAAGGAUUAUGAUCCAACCGAGCUUGAAUUCUGACCCAUGCCUUAAUCACACCUCGAUAUCAUGUUGUUUCUCUUCAAUUUUCUUAAAUUUAACAUCACUUUGAAGCAUUCAAGCAUUGGCGAUGGAUGACAUUAUUGCCAACAUAAUUCAUUUCUCUUUUGCUUGGUUGGGCCUCUUGAGGCUGGCGCAAGGUUCACUCAAUUAAAACCAUCCGUGCUUGAAUAACUCUUGAAGUCAUUGUCGCAUUAAAUUAAGAUCAUCUUUGAAUGGUGUCACUUCACCAGACGAAUUUGUACAACCAGGUUCUGCCCCUUGCGAAUAGCUAUCUUGUAGCUCCCUUGGCACUCACUCACUCGUAUUUAGUUCAUUGUAAAGAUUCUUCACUAAGCAUCUUUAUUUCGCUG